GGCACUCCGGUCGCACGCUCCGAGUGACCGAGUGCGUAGCGGUUCAGUCAGUGCGCCAGCGUUUCGUCAGACGGUCUCGGGCGCGAGGGAUUGUCGUCGGCCAAAAUUUUCCGUUCUCGCGCGCGCCGCGAUGGUUCCGUUUGCGGUCCUGGCCGUCACCUGCUCGGCGUACCUGUUCGCCGUCGGUCCGGGCUCCUCGUACGGUGCAAAAAUGAAUCAUCUCCAGAUACUAGACAGCCUUCUAAAGAAAAACUACGACAGACGAGCGACGCCGACGAACCACCUGAAUAAUGCUACCACUGUUCAUUGCGAGUUGUACAUUCGAAGUUUUGGAUCCAUUAGCCCGGUUACCAUGGAUUACGAGGUUGACCUGUAUUUACGACAAAAGUGGCAAGAUGCGAGAUUGCAGCACAAAGACAUAACGGAAUCACUGGACCUAAAUGAUCCGAAUUUAGUCAAAGCCAUCUGGAAACCUGAAGUUUACUUUCCAAAUGCAAAACACGCAGAAUUCCAAUUCGUUACUGUGCCCAACGUGUUGAUACGCAUCAAACCUGAUGGAGAUAUACUUUAUAUGCUCAGAUUGAAGUUGACAUUUUCAUGUAUGAUGGACCUGUCUAAAUUUCCAUUGGAUAACCAAAUUUGCACAAUGGAAGUGGCUAGUUUUUCAAAAACUAUUGAAGAACUUCGAUUGGAGUGGAAAAAUACGGAUCCCGUACUAAUGGCCAAAGGAUUGAGAAUGCCACAAUUUGAAAUUGUAGACAUCGUGCCUUCCGACUGUCAAGAAUCAUUUCAAAUAGGCAAUUACAGUUGUCUGGUGGCCCAGUUCUACCUGAGCCGUAGCGUGGGUUUCCAUCUGGUCCAGAGUUAUCUGCCCACCAUGCUGAUCGUGGUCAUCUCCUGGGUGUCGUUUUGGAUGGACGUUGACUCGGUGCCUGGCCGGACCACGCUGGGAGUGACGACGCUGCUGGCCGUCGGUUCGCAAUCUUCGGGUAUCCAAAGUGGUCUGCCACAAGUCAGCUACGUUAAGGCCAUAGAUGUGUGGAUGGGUACUUGUACAGCGUUCGUGUUUUGCGCACUGCUAGAAUUCACGGUCGUCAACUAUAUGUGGAGAAAACUGAGGCCAGACAUAUUGCGAAACAUAUUAACAGAACCGGUAAACGGUGGCACCGCGGGCACAAAAUCGUACGACGAAAACCUACCCUCGUCGCCGGUCAUACCAGUCAGCGUGGUCAAGAAAAUCUUACAACAAGAGUGCGCCUACUCGACGUCCGUGGAAACCAACACGGUGCUGGCGAGGAAGAUCGACGAAUACUCCAGACUGCUGUUCCCGGUCGCGUUCAUAGCGUUCAACGCGCUGUAUUGGCCGUAUUAUUUGCAUAACUAAAUAAAAAAAAACACGCCGUCCCCGCGCCGCCGCCACAACAGCAACACCCAAAAGACGGAAUAUGCGAUCAGCGGACGACACGCGCGCCUAUAACACUAUAACACUCUCACUAUCUCCAAGUAAAAAACGACUCCGUUACACCCAGGCAAUAAUAAUAGUAACAAUAAUAAUAAUAACCAUCGUAAUUUAAAAUAUUAUUAUAGUCGCGGCCCCCUCUUCGCAGCGUGUGCAGCGCGUGUGUAUUUCUUCCCCGACGAAAUAUUAGAGAAAAAAAAAAUUCAGCAAACGCUAUUCGCGCUACGACGGGCGGCCGCACGUACUUCGUGCACGCACACACGAACCCCUCUGCAGCUGCAGGCGGGUUCCUACGACUUACGAGCGGCGGCAUGUCGUCGAAAUAUCCUUCUAGGGUGUGAUACAUCUACCGCGGUAUAUUAUUGUAUAGGUAAUACCUUUACCGUGAUAUCCGACGGAUAUUAAUUCCACUAUAAGCGACACAACAUCGGCGGCAGCGGCGGCGGCGGCGGAAUGAUAAUAUUGUUAUGUACGUGGAAGACGCCGCGUUAUGUCGUCACGAACAAUGUCGGCAUCUGGCCCAACGUUCGUUUUUUGUUUUUCCAUUUGUUUGAAUUCCGUUUUUUUUUUCUCGUCUCGACAAAAGACAACGGACGUUCACAGUAAACCCCUCCGGCACACAGCAUCGCCCCAACCCACAUGACCAAACCCGCUCGCGAAUACAGAUAUUAACUGUAUUAUUAUACGUCAUAUACAACUCUACAAAAAUUAUACGGAGCGGUUUGCCGACCUCUAAUAAUACACGUUUUAUUCAAAUUAUGAUUUUUGACGUUUUCUAGUAUAGUUAAAUUGUUAUAUUAUAAAGACAAUAUUUUUAAAUACUUUAGAUCUCGAGGAGCGUCGUAAAUUCAGAAGUAAUUUUUUCAUAAUAUCUGGACUAAGUACUAACCCUUUUCACUAUAAAACGUUAAGCAGAUGGUUAUUUCAACAUCUUGUUGAAUAAUAUUCUCAUAUAUAAUCGAAUUUCAAACUAUGUAGUAUAGUAUAGCAGUUUGAAUUAUUCGGCUAUUAUUGUAUGUGCUAAGGAUAACAUAGAUAGGUAGGUAUAUGAUAGGUUUGGAAGAUAUAAUAUAAUGAAGUACCAAUUAUAGUAGUAAUGAUGAUUUUAAUUAUUA